AAGUUGAAGGCAGUACAGUGGUAUAUCUUGUAGUCUCGGAUGAAGAAGGCCAAUUUUUUAUAAAAAUGUUUUCUAAACUCAUGUCAUUUUUUGAAAACAAACGGUCAACAAUUCUAGUUUCGUUGGUUUCUCUGGCAACAAUCCUUGGCCAGCAAGCAUUUUCAUUCUUUGCUUUCACUUGUCCAUGCAAGCCAACAAUAAGUCUAUACUACGGGCUGGCUUUUAGUACAGUUCCUGCCCUGGUGUUGCUAAUUAUUGGAUUUUCCAUUAAUAAUCUGACCUGGAAACUAAUAAUGAGUUUAAGACAUGGCUCAGAGUUGAUGCAUAAAAGUUGCAAGUUGAUCUGCUAUGUCCUUGUCAACAUAACUUUAACAUCCUUAGUUGCUCCAGUGACAUGGCUAGCAGUUACUCUGCUGAAUGGCUUGUACUACAAGUGUGCCAUGAGUGAGUUUUUAUCAGUUGAUAACUGGAAGGUUUUUGAGAAUAUGAAUCUUCACGAUCGGAAGGAUAUUCUUGCUCGCUUUCCCUGUCCAAAGGUGAAAAUUACGGAAAUAAAAAACAUCAGUGAAAUAAGAGAUGAAGGCAAUCGUAUUCUUCUGUUCCAGUCACAGGUAGCUGGUUGGAUUUUGAUAGCUUGUGUGAUCGUCGCUGGUUUUCUGACUGUCUGCAUUCCAAGAUACUGCUCUCCACUCAGCUUUCUGCACCUAAACUACUGGGCUCAGUACAUAGAAAAUGAAGAUGCUCUUUUUCAACAGACAUCUAAAAAACAUUCUCAACUGUAUGCUUUGAAGCACAUCAAGAAGUUCUUUGGCUUUACUUCAGAAGAGAAACAAGUAAAGAAAAUUUGCUUGCCUGCCAGGAAGGACUGGAAAAUGAUCUCAGGCUUGGAUAUGUUUACUAAAGUGGAGCAAGAUUUCUGUCAGUACAGCCUCCUGCAUACUUGGGCUGAAGAAUCAACUCCAAGUCAUAUUUCUAUUCCAGUUGAUGAUGUGGUGGUUGAUGCAUAAUAAAUUUAGGUUGACAUUUUCUUGUCAAUUCAA